AUGUCUUUCAUCGAUACUACCAAGGAUCUCUCUGCUCUGUUCCAGAAACAAGUGCAAGAGACGCCCAAUGCGACUGCCCUGGAGGAUGGAACUACUACAUACACAUACGCGGAGCUUGACCAAGAAGUGGAUACUCUGGCUCUUCGGCUGCGAGAAUAUGGCGUGAGCCGCGACUCGCUGGUCGGAGUGCUUCUUCCUCGUAGUGCUCACUAUGUGAUUGCUUGCUUGGCUGCACUUCGUGCCGGCGGUGCAUUUCUGGUGCUCGAGUUGGCAUACCCCGCAGGUCUCUUGGCCGAUGUGCUAGAGGAUGCCAACCCCGCUGUGGUUAUUACCCACCAAGUGGAGGCCCCGCGAGUCAAGGCCAAAUGCCCUGUAAUUGCAUUGGACCAGCCAACGGCCGAUGUCAACGGCCAUGCGAAAGAAGCUGCUCCAUUGCCAGGAGAUGACGAUUUGGAUCGCCUGGCGUUUGUUUCGUAUUCUUCAGGCACCACAGGCAAGCCCAAGGGAAUUGCCAACCCUCACAGAGCUCCCGUGCUUUCUUAUAACCUGAGAUUUGGAGUCCAGGAUUUGCAGCCCGGAGAUCGGGUGGCGUGUAAUGUAUUCUUUAUCUGGGAGAUUUUGCGUCCGCUGCUGCGCGGUGCGACAGUUGUGACCGUCCCAGACGAUGCCAGCUAUGAUCCUGCCGCGUUGGUUGAUUUGCUGGCAGCCAAACGGGUUACCGAGACAUUGAUGACUCCGACACUCUUGGCUACUGUGCUUUCUCGCUAUUCUGCCGGUCGCCUGACAUCUCGUCUACCAGAGCUACGCACACUUUGGCUGAACGGCGAGGUAGUAACAACAGACCUUGCUCGUCGGGCAAUUGCCGCUUUGCCGAAUACCCGUUUGUUGAACUGCUACAGCGCAUGUGAAACCCAUGAAAUCGCAUGUGGAGAUAUUCGAGACAUGCUUGAUGACUCUAUUUACUGUCCUGUCGGUCCUCCUCUUGAUCCAGAACAGAUCUACAUUCUGAACGAAAGUGGAGAGCAAGUGGAGACGGGCACGGCCGGUGAGCUGUUCAUCGGUGGAGACCUCCUCGCACGGGAGUAUCUCAAUCUUCCUGAGACAACAGCCAAGGCUUUUACUCCUAACAAGUUCACAUCGAUGCCUGGCGCGCGGAUGUAUCGAACUGGUGAUCUUGCCCGGAGACUGCCUUCUGGGCUUUUGGAAAUCACAGGCAGAGUGGGUGCCAUGAUCAAACUUCGUGGAUACUCUGUUGUCCCCGCUAAGGUGGAGAGUGAUAUCUGUCAGCAUCUGGCUGUCAGCCACUGUGCCGUCAUCGCCCACGGUGAUGGAUUGGAGCGACAGUUGGUUGCGUAUGUGGUGGCUGAUAGUGAGACUGGAGAUCGCACUGCAGUCGAAAUCAAUGAAUCUGGCCACAGUCCAGCGGCACGUCGAGCUCUGGAGCCCUAUCUCGCCCAUUAUAUGAUCCCUGCACUGUGGGUUGUCCUACAGGAGAUACCCACUAACGAUGUGUCUGGUAAGGUUGACUUGAAGAGCCUUCCUCCACCUCGCAGUAGUAGUCCAGUCGGUAGCGACUCUUCCACAGAGAAGGACCCCAUUGGAAUCAAUGACAUUGCUACUAUUUGGGCUAAUGUUUUGAAGACAUCUAAAGCCUUGCUGAAACCUGAAGAUAACUUCUUCGAUCUGGGCGGUCACUCCUUGUCUCUUGCUGAUCUGGCAUCCAAAAUUUCGAGACACUUUGGCUUCCGUGUGCCAAUUCCUCGCUUGGCGGAGAAUACUACACUAGCCGGUCACCUGGACACUGUGCGUGCGAUCCGAGAUGGUCAUACCGCAGCCGUUCAAGCAGACCUCCCAGCUGUGCUCUUGGCAGACUCUACCUUGGAUGAAGACAUCAAAUCUCUGCCAAAUACCAGUCUUACUUCUGUUGCCACCGCAGAAACUAUUCUGUUGACCGGUGUCACCGGCUUCCUGGGCGCCUUCUUGCUUCAUGAUCUUCUCGAAAGCACAUCAGCUAAGAUUAUCUGCUUGGUACGAUUCAGUGACCCUGAAGAUGACGACCAGGCUGGUGGUGUUGCCCGCAUCCGUCGCAACCUUCUUGAUCUGGGUCUCUGGCGUGACACAAUCAUGGAGCGCCUGGAAGUUCUCCCUGGUAAUCUCUCUCGGGCCCGGUUUGGAUUGUCGUUUGAAACAUUCGAUGAUCUUGCCACCCGGAUUCAGGUUAUCGUUCAUGCUGCAGCAACUGUGAACCUUGUUUACCCUUACGCUGCCCUCCGUGGAGCCAACGUUGGUGGAACCCGGGAGAUUCUUCGUUUAGCUUCCAAGGGAGGUGCGACCGUUCAAUAUGUAUCCACAAACGGUGUUCUGCCUCCCUCCCCAACCGGUGGACGUGGUUGGUCUGAAGACACGAUGUUGGAUAUCGCGGAGGUUCCUACGAAGCUCUUGGAUGGUUAUGGACAGACCAAGUGGGUUGCAGAGCAGCUUGUCUUGAAAGCGAGUCAGCGUGGUUUACCGGUAAAGAUUCAUCGAUGUGGUACGAUUAGUGGUCACAGCUUGAACGGCUCAGCUAAUGCAUGGGAUCUCCUCACUGCACUCCUGGUCGAGUCUAUCCGAAUUGGUUAUGCCCCGGAUGUUGAAGGCUGGCGCGCGGAGAUGACACCUGUUGACUUUGUCAGUCAAUCUAUCGUUCAUCUUUCCACACAGACACAGGCUGAGCAAACCACUUACCACCUUGGUGAUCCAGACCCUGUCAAUAUUCGGUCUGUCUUUGAAAACCUGAAGGACCUUGGGUACCCCACUGAACUUUUGCCAUGGGAUGAAUGGGUCGCUCUCUGGACCGAAAAGCGAGGCUCAACAAAGGGUGGAGAUGGUGCUUUCACCGUCGAUAUCCUCCGCAGUGGAAUGCCAACUGUGGAAUUCCUGCGUGGUAUUGUCGUUCUGGAUAACGCUGUCACAAGGCCAUUCCGCGUGGCCGUCGAGAGACCCAAGGUCGAUAUCCUACUGCUCGAAACCUAUGCUCGCCAUUGGUUUGCCCGAGGCUGGCUUCCUCGUCCCCCAUCCCGUCACCAGGCCGUCGAUCGCUCUUGCAAGCCAGUUUCUCGCGGUCCUCUUAGUGGCCAAGUCGCUGUUGUGACAGGUGCUUCUUCCGGUAUCGGUGCCGCUGUAGCCGCUGCUCUCGCCAAGAAGGGUUGCGCCGUUGCACUUGGUGCCCGAAGACUUGAUGCUUUGGAAUCUGUCAAGCGUAGUGUUGAAUCAUUCGGUGUGAAGUGUAUUAUCCGCUCUACAGAUGUCACUAACAAGAGUCAAACAGAGGAACUCUUCAAAGCUGCUCAGGAUGAACUCGGCCCAGUCGAUAUUCUCGUCGCCUGUGCAGGUGUGAUGUAUUUCACAAUGAUGUCAAACUGCCAAACGGAUGAAUGGGAGCGUACCGUCGACGUGAACUGCAAGGGUCUGUUAAAUUCCCUCUCUUCCACUGUCCCCGGCAUGCUUUCCCGUGGCCGUGGUCACAUCGUGGCAAUCUCCUCAGACGCCGGUCGCAAGGUCUUCCCUGGUUUGGGCGUGUACUCGGCCAGCAAGUUCUUCGUUGAAGCCACUCUUCAAGCUCUCCGCUUAGAGACAGCUGGUAGUGGGCUAAAGGUCACUAGUAUUCAGCCUGGAAACACAUCAACCCCAUUGCUGAACAUGUCCACGGAUGCGGAGGCUGUGAAGAAGUAUGGUGAGCCAUCUGGUGCUAAGAUCUUGGAUCCCUCUGAUGUGGCGAACUCCAUUGUUCAUGCCCUGUGCCAGCCGGACUAUGUUUCUGUGAACGAGAUUCUGGUGGAGCCGCGUGAUGAGCCUAUUUAA